AUGCGAGCGGGUCUCAGCGUUGGUGAUCGCCUGGUAGGCGUUGAUGGUAUGUCACUGGAAGGUGGUGACCGUCACAGGGCAGUAGAACUCGUCCGACAAUCUGGUGAUUCUGUGCGCAUGGAGAUUGCUAGGCUAGAUGGAGUUGUGCGACAUGAGAAGAUGCACAGUGGUGAUGCAGCCAAGAAAUUAAGCUCAGGCGGAACACCAGGAGUGUUGACCGUAACUCCACAAAAAGGUUUUGUUUUGUUCCUACUGCACAUCUUGCAAUUAAUUUCACGCCUGAUUCAAAUGUGGUUUUUCAUAGGUGUAUCCCGAACUCCACCAGCACCCAGACGAGCUGCAAACCGCCGCCAAAGGGCUGUUUCUGACUUUGGCGCCAUUGGUGACACUUUGCCUGCUCUUGAUAGCGAUAAUGUCAUUAAUAUCAAGGCUAUUUCUGGGUUGCAUCUGGAUGAAUCAGACGAGGAACAAGGUGAAUACCGUCUACCAACAUCCUCUAUGUAUUCGUUUGAGAAUCACUAUGAUGAUGAUAGUCCAUCAUCACCUAAGACCUCAGAUUCCGUAUCACCUACAGAAUUGGCACGCCAUGCUGUUCCAGCACCGGAGGGAAGGCGAAAAUAUCGUUACGCCAGGAAAUCUAAUCUGGAAUGGACGGACGAGUUGGAAGAGGUCGGUGAAGAAAAUGAGACGGAGGAAGACAUCAUAAAUGUAAGUGGUUCAAAUCAACAAGUUCUUAAUAAUCAUCAAGUGGACUCAUUGUCAGUAUUUCUUUCUACUUUUCUUGACUUUAACAACUAUCUAGCACUAAUUUUAUUUUUUGGCCGGCAUUUUCGGUAACG